CCCAGUCCAGCAACAGUACUUUAAUGGUUGGAACUGCCCGCCCCAACCUGCAUUACUGCCCUCGCAGACACAGCCUGAUGAUCACCGGUGCCAUGGGAGCGGUGCGAGUCAACAGAUACAGCAUCGUUUCCACAGAUGAAGAUGUCCUGAAAAUCUCCAGCUUGGGCCUCCAUAACGGCCACAGUCCUCUGACUCAGCAGACCCUGUCGGGGGCCUGCAUGCAAGGUGAGGAAGGAGGAGAGUGUCCAGGAAGUGACGAAAGAAGAGGGGCUUUGUCUCUCAGGGUAACAAAUGAGCCAAUUGUCCACAACAGCUGCCGUGCAUCACCUUCAUGUCAUCUGGGCCUGGAUCUGGGCACUGGCCGCCUGCGCAGCCGCUUUGUGAAGAAGAAUGGCCAGUGCAAUGUGGUGUUCAACAACAUGGAGGACAAGCCACAACGAUACCUGGCUGACAUUUUCACCACCUGUGUAGACAUACGCUGGCGCUACCUGCUACUCAUCUUCACCACCACCUUCCUUCUAUCUUGGCUGCUGUUUGGCCUGAUCUUCUGGGGAGUGGCAUUCGCACAUGGAGACUUUGAUCUUCGCAUCCCUGUUAAAGACGAGGAUCCUCGGAAUGGUGCAGAAGGAGGAAAAGAUGAAUGGCGACCGUGUAUUCUCCACAUCCAGGGCUUCAUUGGGGCGUUUCUCUUCUCCAUAGAAACCCAGACCACCAUUGGAUAUGGUUUCCGGUGUGUCACUGAAGAGUGCCCAGUCGCUGUGGUGACUGUGGUGGUGCAGUCCAUCGUAGGAUGCAUUAUUGAUUCCUUCAUGAUCGGCACCAUCAUGGCAAAGAUGGUACGGCCCAAGAAGCGGGCUCAGACCUUGCUGUUCUCGCAUCAUGCUGUCAUCGCUCUGCGGGAUGGUAAGCUGUGCCUCAUGUGGCGUCUUGGAAACAUGCGAAAAAGUCACAUAGUUGAGGCACAUGUUCGCGCUCAGCUCAUUAAGCCAAAAGUGACAGCAGAGGGUGAGUACCUCCCUCUGGAGCAAACAGACAUUGACGUUGGCUAUGAUGACGGCCUGGAUCGGCUGUUUCUAGUGUCGCCUUUGGUGGUGGUCCACGAGAUCAACAAGAACAGCCCUCUGUAUGACAUGAGCUGUACUGAUCUGCAGAAAGAGGACUUUGAGAUCGUGGUCAUCCUGGAAGGAAUGGUGGAGGCCACUGCUAUGACCACUCAGGCCCGCACCUCCUACUUAGCCAAGGAGAUUCUAUGGGGCCACCGCUUUGAGCCUGUGGUCUUCGAAAAGGGUGACCGCUACCAUGUGGACUAUUCCCGCUUCCACAAGACCUACGAAGUGCCAUCUACGCCUCACUGUAGUGCCAGGGAACUGAGCCAGAUGACGGGCCGUGGUGGGCAGUCCUCAUCCUCCAGUUCGAGUUACUCCAGGUCUCCAUCACCGUUUGCCCCGAGGGCGUCCCGCCAGCUCCUGGGCCCUCACUCCCCCAGCGCUUUUUGCUAUGAGAACGAGGUUGCUUUGUGUUGUGGGGACGAUGAGGAUGAGGAGAACAUAAAGAAAGAGGCGGGGAGCCUGAACAUAAGAAGUGACAGAGAAGUAACGAUGAGAGAUGACAUUCACUUGGGUUUCAAGGAGACAUUUGUGGAGGAGCAGACAGUGGAGAUGCUGUGUGUUCUGGACACUGAGAAUCAAAUCAGCCAUGACAGACUACCGCCCACCAUACCUUUAUACAUCAGCAGAGAGUCAGGAGUUUAAUCAAUGGUAAUGGCUGCCCUUCCAUUUGUUUCCUCUCUUUGUCUGUGUGAAUCCAACCAAAGUAUUGAACUAGUGUAAAAAAUGAAAGAUGGUGGACACAUUUUAAAGAGUACAUGUGCUGAAAGAGAAGGAUCUCGUCUGCAGCUGUCACAAACUCAACUCAGCUUUAAUUCAUAACUUGCUCUGGUUUCAGGUAUUGCACAUACACAGCUGUAACAUCAGUAUCUGUAAAACACACAGCUCAUCUACUUUUGAACAUAGUGAACAGAUAUUUCUCUCAAAUGAGGUUCUCUCAUGAAGUACCUCUGAAACUUUACUGGUUUCUUGUUUUAUUCAAUAUAACCUGUGUAUGAGCAACAGUUAUAGUCAAGCUUUUUGUUAUUGAUUUCCAUUCUUUUUUUCUUUUGUAAAUAUGGUAUGCUUUGUUUUCAUUUUAAAAUUAACAUACAUCAUAUGCAGAUAAAUGUUCGAAGAGAAAACCUAUUUACUUUAAUAAAGCAUGACGCACAUGCUCAACUUCAACAAACUUUUCUCUGCGUAAAAAUAAAUGAUCUCUGUAUUUUAAACUUCUGUCUUCCAGCCUAAGUUCUGUAACUUGUUUUAUAAAUUAACCAUUUUCUUUUCUCAUGAUUCAUCACAGUUUGUUCAAUAAUAAAAAACAAGUUCAAAUGAAUUAGACACUGAACAAAGGAAACAACAAGUUACACAUGUACAGAUCAAAACCAAGCACCUUAUUCUUACUUUUAUCAUUAGCUAAAACACUUUGCAACAGUG